AUGAAAAGUAGUAGUGGGAUGAUCACCAAAAAGGCUCCAAGAAAUGUAAUAGAUGUUCUUCUAAAUGACACAAGUGGUCAAUUAACAGAUGAUCUAAUAGCUGAUAACAUUAUAGAUAUGAUGAUCCCAGGAGAGGAUUCAGUUCCUGUUCUUUUGACUCUUGCAGUGAAAUAUCUCUCAGAUUGUCCUGCUGCCCUACAACAGUUACUGGAGGAGAACAUAAAGUUAAAAAGACUCAAAGAUCAGCUUGGGGAGCCACUGUGUUGGAGUGACUACUUAUCUUUACCAUUUACAUAA